AUGCCCUUCAAGGGAGUCUGGCCGUGGGAGCCGGGAAGUCGGGGAGCAGUGGCCUGUAGCGGCAGUUACUGCAAGUGGAAGGGCCAGUACAACUAUAAUGAUAGCACAGAGAUCCCCGACAUAGACACCCCCAUCUGCUCCACGCUGGAGGGACCCCUACUGGCUUCCUUCAAGGCCGUGUUCCUGCCCUUGGCCUAUGGCCUCAUCUUCCUCCUGGGCAUGUUGGGCAACAUCCUGGUCCUCGCUGUCCUGGAGCGUCACAGGCAGACACGCAGCUCCACAGAGACCUUCCUGUUCCACCUGGCCGUGGCCGACCUCCUGCUGGUCUUCAUCCUGCCCUUUGCAGUGGCUGAAGGCUCCGUGGGCUGGCUCCUGGGCACGUUCCUCUGUAAGACAGUCAUCGCGCUGUACAAGAUCAACUUCUACUGCAGCAGCCUGCUCCUGGCUUGCAUUGCCGUGGACCGCUACCUGGCCAUCGUCCAUGCAGUCCACACCUACCGCCACCGCCGCCUGGGCUCCAUCCACGUCACCUGUGCCACCAUCUGGGCCACCGGCUUCCUCUGUGCCCUGCCUGAGAUCCUUUUCGCCAAGGUCAGCUGGCCCCAUGACAACAACACUCUACCAAGCUGCUCUUUCUCCCAGGAGACGCCCGCCAUGGCCAAUGCCUGGUUCGCUUCCCGCUUCCUCUACCACCUGGGUGGCUUCCUGAUACCACUGCUGGUGAUGAGCUGGUGCUAUGUCGGGGUGGUGCAGAGGCUAUGCCAAGCCCAGCGGCGCCUGCAGAAGCAGAAGGCGGUGCAGGUGGCCAUCUUGGUGACUAGUGUCUUCUUCCUCUGCUGGUCCCCCUAUCACGUUGCCAUCUUCCUGGACACGCUGGUGAGGCUGCGGGCCGUGGGCAGCAGCUGCCAACUGAACAGUUACCUGUCUGUGGCCAUCACCAUGAGCGAGUUCUUGGGCUUGGCCCACUGCUGCCUUAAUCCUAUGCUCUACACGUUCGCAGGCAUCAAGUUCCGCAAUGACCUGUCUCGAAUACUGACCAAGCUGGGCUGCUCCGGGCCUGCCUCCCUCUGCCAACUUUUACCGAGCUGGCGCAAGAGCAGUUUGUCUGAGUCCGAGAACGCCACCUCGCUCACCACCUUCUAG